AUGGAGUCCCCGGCUAUUGAGACUCCUAUCAUGGAGCAGGACGAAAUCCCCAUUCCCUGCAAGGGCUGUGGAGAGAUUCUCGAGGAAGGAAAAGCUUUUGAACUUGCUGGGCAAAGGUGGCACAUUGAUUGUUUCCGAUGUAGCAAUUGCUCUACCCUCCUCGAUUCCGACGCGCACCUCCUGCUGCUGGGCGAUGGCUCGCUGAUUUGCAGCAAUUGUACCUACAACUGCAGCUCCUGCGGCAACAAGAUCGAGGACCUGGCCAUCCUAACCGGCGACCAAGCCUUUUGCGCGCAAUGCUUUCGAUGCCGCAACUGCAAGAAGAAGAUCGAAAACCUGCGCUAUGCGCGCACGUCUCAGGGAAUCUUCUGUAUGGACUGUCACGAAUCAUUAAUGCAGCGGCGGAGGAAAAGAACUCGCGGCACGGCCAGCAAAAAGUCAUCGUCACAGGCCAAGCUGGACAAGUCGCUGCCUUCGCUGCCACCGCACCUAAUGGCCGAAGCUCAAAACGAGGCGUUCGUGGAUGCGCCGACCGAUGGGUUGCGCAGCCGGGACACGCAGGGCGCCAGUGAUGCGGGCCGAUCAGAAACCUCACCUUCCCGCCAGGCAUCAGACAGCCUCAUUCUUCCUUCCAGCACCUACCGAAGCAGCCGCCAAUUGACGGGCCUGCGCGACGCUGAAGCGGACGGAGGCGCCGAAUUCCUCAUACCUCUCGCGUUCGACCCUUCCACUGAAGGCACCCGAUCAUCAUCUCGCGCACAGUCGCAGCACACGGACGGAGUACCACGUGAUUACUUCGGCGCUCUUGGAUCGGGCGAUUCGUCGCUCAGAACGUCACGCGACGGACGUGACUAUCUCCAAGACCCUGGCUCUCAUGCCUCAUCCGAAAACCACUCUCCCCAUAUUGCGUAUCAGGACGCUCGGCGCGAUGUGGAUGGAGCGGCUGGCCCCGCGGACAAGGCGACUGAAGACACAUCCAAAGCUAGCAAGCCGACCUCUGCCCGCAGCUCCACAUCGGAUAUUCCGAUCACAUUGAUGGACAGAGCAACUUUCUCUGGUGCCAACAGUCCAGAGAGCAACCGUUCCAAGGAGCAAGGUGAUGUUCCCAAGACGGCACCUCUAGAUCGCGUUGUGGCCACUGCAAGGCCCACAAGCGAGCUUCGCAAACUUCACGAGCACGAGUCUGGGGGUUCGUCCCGCUCUCUGCCUGUGUCGUCCAGUAUGGCUUAUCCGCCCAAGCGAGGUGAUUCACUUGAAACCAAAAGCUAUACGAUCCCGCGGAAGGAAAUCGGGCAUUCUUCGCGGUCUCAGUCGACCGGCCCCUCGCCCUAUGACGAGUCACCCAGAGUGCGCACUGAAACUACAUCUGAACUGGCCAAGGGCAGUGCACUGAAUACUUCCCAGUUGGAUUCUCAGCGGCAGUUGGACCGCGCGGGCUCGCCGUCCCGGUCGCGGUAUAACAGUAUUGUCGACUAUCCUCCAGACGAAGAACUAGCCUCGGCCGCUCAAACUAGCGAGUCCUUCUUGCGUCGCAUGUCGAACUCUGUUCGUCAUGGUCGCAGCUUUAGCGACAAGAGUGUGCGUCUCAGCAAGGAUUUAAAGUCUCCUCGGUCGCCUGCCAACGGAAGCGCUGGGGGAACUGAUGUUGGGAGCCCCCCUGGUACUGCUGACAAGUCCGAUGAGGUCUCUUGGCUUCGAACUGAAUUGCGCAAGGAGCGCCAGCGAGUUGCAGAGAUGGAAUUCGCUCUCCGUGCGACCGCCGAUGUCAAACAGGUUAACACGGAACUGUCUGAGAAACGUUCGACUAUGGUCGUCCUGGAUGCUCAGAGAGAGAUUGUCCUGCGUGAGCUUACUGUCUUGACUGAUCAUUUGGAAGCCGAGAAGCGUACUGGAAGCGGUGGGGCCUUGGAUUUGUCUAAGCUAUCGAAUAAUGUUCUGCGAGAUCUUGCUGAAGCGAUUCAGAAGCUGAAGGAGUCCUAUGGCCCGCAGAUCGAGGAGCUCAUCCAGAAGCGCUCCGAUCUGUCGGAGGAGCUGGCCCACUUGCAACGCCAGAAGGAGAAGAGCUUCCAAGAGUUUGAACAAUUGUCAUCCAAGAAUGCACAGUUGGCUGAAUUGAACAACCAGCUCGUGCACCAGAUCCAAGGACUCUACAAGGCCAAUGAUGGGCGUGGACCGAAUGGCCUGGGGAUCUACCACAACAAGGAGAAGUCAACCAACUCCAUCGAGACCUUUAAGCCCGGCAUGCAUGAUUUUCCGACCUCCAUCUCGACUGCGCAUAUCGAUGAUGAAGGGGAACCUGCUACCGCCACUGCUACUGUUGUUCCUGGACCUCAAGUUGUCAGCAUUCGCAAGGGUCAGCCGCGCAAGUUCAACUGGAAGAAGGGUGGUCAGAACGUCGCCAAGGGUGUCAAGGGACUCAAAGGGGCGUUCAUGGGUAACGAGAAUGAGGGUGGCCUGCCCCGCUCUCAAACCCAGGACCCGAGCCGACAGGGCUUUGGCUUCUUCGGAAACCAGAGGCACAAACAAGUGGGUAAGAUGUCACACACUGAUAGCGUGCCCGUGUUGGCUGAAGGUGGUGGUCUUUUUGGUACCGAUCUGGAGGACCGUAUGGUGCAUGAGAAGAGCAUUAUUCCCGCUAUCGUCACCCGUUGUAUCCAAGAGGUUGAGCUGCGAGGCAUGGACAUGGAAGGUAUUUACCGCAAAUCCGGGGCUGCUUCAGCCAUCCAAGGCAUUCGGGAAGGCUUUGAGCGGUCUCCGUUCGAUUAUGACCUCUCUGAUCCGGACCUGGAUAUUCAUGCCGUCACCUCGGCUCUGAAGCAGUACUUUCGGAAGCUUCCAACACCCCUGAUCACCUACGAGGUGUACGAGAAAAUUAUUGAGUCUAGCGAACUCACGUCAACACUGGAACGCGUGGAUCUGCUGCAGAGGAGCCUUAUGGAGCUACCUCGCGUUCACCGCGACGUGCUUGAAUUCCUAGUCUUCCACCUGAAGCGCGUGGUCGAGCGCCGGGAUGAGAACUUGAUGACCAGCCAAAAUGUCGCAGUCGUUUUUGCACCGACCAUCAUGAGACCCGAAAGUCUCGCCCGUGAGAUGACCGAUGUCCAAAAGAAGAAUGAUGUGGUUAAGUUCCUUGUGGACAACUGCCAGGGCAUCUUCCAAGGAAUGCAGGCCUAG